ACUCAGAAGAACGGCACUUUGCAGAAAAAUGUGCCGAACAAUUUUCUGAAGUUGCAGAGCAGUGGGAAAUUGCGGGGAAGGUGACAACAAUUGGCACCGACAGUGCCCGUAAUAUGACAGCAGCAGCAAGACUCCUGCCAUAUGAGCACAUGCCGUGCGUUGCGCACAGUUUACAAAGAUCGAUCACAAUGUCACUCCGUGACAGUGGUCUUGAGAAUGUCUUGGCAAAAUGCCGCAAAUUGGUUGGACAUUUUAAGCAUAGUCCAGCAAAUGCAGCUGAAUUGCGAGCACAACAAGAGGAGUUGGGACAGCCACAGGAGCCCCUCGUCCAAGAUGUUUCCACAAGGUGGAACUCCACUCUCAGCAUGAUCACCCGGCUUCUGAGAAACAAGGACGCUGUCAAGGCUACACUUGAACUCCAUCAACAAAGAGGCACACCAGCCAUGCUGACUAAUGCAGAACUGGAGAAGAUCGAAAAGCUUGAAACACUCCUUGAACCAUGCAGAUAUGUGACUGAGCUUUUGGGAGGAGAACAGUACAUAUCCUGCUCCGCGGUCCUGCCUGCACUGUGUCAUUUGUUCCGGUUGAUGACUGGUUCUGACGAUGAUCCAGGUUAUGUGCUCCGGUUUAAAGCGGCCUUCACAUCUGACCUAUCAAAGCGAAAACAAAGCACCAAUCUCCAGUGGUUGAAAGUGGCAACAGCGCUUGACCCCAGAUUUAAGGAUCUGAAAUGCCUUCCCAGAUCUGAAAGGGAGGAAGUCUGGAAGUUGAUUAAAGAGGAGAGUGCCCAGCAACCCGAGCCUCGUAGAGAACCUGAGCCAGGUCCACCUAAAAAGAAGAUGCACUUUCUGUUAGCUGCUGCAUCAGAUUCAGAUGAUGAAGAAGACCCAGCAUCUGACACGUCUGUGGAUCGGUACAGAGGUGAGCCCAGCAUCUCCAUUGAUGACUGUCCAUUGGAAUGGUGGUCUGGACACGCAAGGGCCUACCCAACCUUGGCACCUCUAGCACAAAAAUAUCUGGCUACACCUGCAACAACGGUACCGUGUGAAAGACUGUUCUCACUCUCUGGUCACAUUUUGCAAAAAAAAGAGAGCAGCACUGUCCACUGCUAAUGUCACCAGACUGGUGUGUGUUAGCAAUUGGGUUAAAGAAAAGAAAUAGGAGAGACAACUUAGAACUCAGAUAGUUCUGAAUCCCAUAUCCAAUCAUGCACUAUUUUUCAUUUAAUCUUACUGUCAUUUGGACUUUUUUUUCAUCCAUGUUCAGCACAGGUUAAUUACAAGGAUGACAUUCUUCAUUUAAAACUAGAAAAUGUUACAAAUAUCCCGCUGUGGCCGUCAAUGUUUUAGACUGUUCUGUUUGUCAUAAGCGAGUUAGAAAUUUCCUACCAGUGUUACAUAUUACUUGAUUGCUGUUAUUUCCAGCUAGGAAUUGUUUUGCUAAUAAUGUUAUUGUUUAUUUUUGAAGUAGCUUAAGAGAGUGGCCUGAUAAAUGUAAUCUCUCAAAGUAAGCACUGCGUUACUUUAUUCCUCCUAAUAUUUGGAAGUUGGUCUACAUUGCACUUUUUUUUUUAAUAAAAAAAGUUCAAAAAGGAAAUUUUGUGUUCUUUUGAUUCCCAAUGAAAACGCUGGUAAGAUAUUCUACAUUAUGGGCUUAGAACUGCCUUGAUAUGCAAAAUAACAGAAUUUUACACGUGCAAUUCAAACCGCGAUUAAUCGCAGUUAACUAAGAAGCUUCAGCGAUUAAUUGCGAUUAAAAAAAUUAAUCGUUUGACAGCCCUAAUAUAUA